UCCUAGGAGAUGAAACACACAAGAAGCCGGAGCUUUCACAAGGGAGUGAACGAGGGUGUUCAUAAGAAUGGAAGCGCUGUUUCCUUGCCAGAUUCCUUCAUGCUAUAGCUUGUGAACCUAUAUAAUCUUGAGGAAGAGCCUAAUUUAAUGAUGACACAUGUCACCAGCAAUAGUAACAACAGUGUGAGGACAAAAAAAAAUAAAAAUUAAGAAGCAUUCAGAUUUAUAUUCAACAAGGAAACCAUUUCACUCAACAACUUCUGCUGCGUUAUUUCUCCAAGAUGAACCGAUACACAACCAUGAGACAGCUGGGGGACGGCACCUAUGGGAGUGUGCUUAUGGGCAAGAGUAACGAGUCCGGGGAGCUGGUGGCCAUCAAAAGGAUGAAGAGAAAGUUCUAUUCUUGGGAUGAAUGUAUGAACUUGAGAGAAGUUAAGUCUCUGAAGAAACUUAAUCAUGCUAAUGUUAUUAAAUUGAAAGAAGUUAUCAGAGAAAAUGACCAUCUUUAUUUCAUAUUUGAAUAUAUGAAAGAAAACCUCUAUCAAUUAAUGAAAGACAGAAACAAGUUGUUCCCUGAGUCAGUCAUCAGAAAUAUUAUGUAUCAGAUACUGCAAGGGCUGGCUUUUAUCCAUAAACAUGGCUUUUUUCAUAGGGACAUGAAACCAGAAAACUUGCUUUGUAUGGGUCCAGAACUUGUGAAAAUUGCUGAUUUUGGACUUGCAAGAGAAUUAAGGUCACAGCCACCGUACACUGAUUAUGUCUCUACUAGAUGGUAUCGUGCUCCUGAAGUUUUGCUGAGAUCUUCCGUGUAUAGCUCUCCCAUUGAUGUGUGGGCUGUUGGAAGUAUCAUGGCUGAACUCUAUAUGUUAAGGCCACUUUUCCCAGGGACAAGUGAGGUUGAUGAAAUCUUUAAAAUUUGCCAAGUUUUAGGGACUCCCAAAAAGAGCGACUGGCCAGAAGGAUACCAGCUGGCAUCUUCUAUGAACUUCCGUUUUCCCCAGUGUGUUCCUAUAAACUUGAAAACUCUGAUUCCCAACGCCAGUAAUGAAGCUAUUCAGCUCAUGACUGAAAUGCUGAAUUGGGAUCCAAAGAAACGACCAACAGCAAGUCAGGCAUUGAAACACCCAUAUUUUCAAGUUGGUCAGGUAUUAGGCCCUUCCUCAAAUCAUCUGGAAUCAAAAGAGUCUUUAAAUAAGCAGCUGCAACCAUUAGAAUCAAAGCCAUCUUUAGUUGAAGUAGAGCCCAAGCCUCUACCAGAUGUAAUUGAUCAGACUGUUGGACAAUCCCAACCAAAAACUAGCCAGCAGCCACUGCAGCCCAUUCAGCCGCCACAGAACCUGAGUGUCCAGCAACCUCCAAAGCAACAGAAUCAGCAGAAACCGCCGCAAACGCUAUUCCCAAGCAUCAUCAAAAACAUGCCAACUAAGCCAAAUGGCACACUGAAUCAUAAAAGUGGUAGGAGGCGUUGGGGCCAGACUAUCUUCAAAUCUGGAGACAGCUGGGAAGAGUUGGAGGACUAUGAUUUUGGAGCCUCCCAUUCCAAGAAGCCAAGCAUGGGUGUUUUUAAAGAAAAAAGGAAGAAAGAUUCUCCAUUUCGGCUUCCAGAGCCGGCACCUGCGGGCUCCAACCACUCACUAGGGGAAAACAAGAGCUUACCUGCUGCUAUUUCCCUAAAGUCUGAUUCCGAAUUGUCAACUGCUCCAGCCUCUAAACAGUACUACUUGAAACAAUCAAGAUAUCUUCCAGGUGUGAAUCCCAAGAACGUGUCCUUGAUAGCCAGCGGAAAGGAAAUAAACCCCCACAUGUGGAGCAAUCAGUUAUUUCCUAAGUCACUGGGACCCGUCAGGGCAGAACUUGCUUUCAAAAGGAACAAUGCAGGAAAUCUUGGAAGUUACGCUACUUAUAAUCAGUCAGGAUAUAUUCCUUCCUUUCUCAAAAAAGAAGUGGGGUCAGCUGGCCAGAGGAUCCACUUAGCACCUCUCAAUGCAACGGCUUCAGAAUAUACCUGGAACACAAAAACUGGUCGGGGGCAGUUUUCAGGACGUACUUACAAUCCUACAGCAAAAAACCUAAAUAUUGUGAACCGUGCACAGCCCAUUCCCUCAGUGCACGGGAGGACAGACUGGGUGGCCAAGUAUGGAGGCCACCGGUAGGAGUCUGUGGUUGAAACCCACAGCAUUGCUCCAUAGCGUACAUGCAAGUUCCUUGACCGUGGGAAAUGUCUACAAAUGUCUAUUUCUGCUACUGAGUUCUGAAAGAAAUAUGCAAAAGUGGGUACUUGGAAGAGCAAAAGUCAUCUCCUGUUUUAUUUCUUUCUAUGAAAUCCAUUUUCUUAGCAUCAUUGCCCAGUGUUUAUAUAUUAGUAGGAUGUUACAAAGUAUUGAAUAAACUAUUUGCCAAAGGAUGAAGUAUUCAAUCUACAACUUAAUAAACAGUAAAUCCAGUAAGAAUCCUUAAAAAAAGGAACUUCCAGAAAAUGUUUAGAGCGUUUUAGUUUUCAUUUGUUGUAUAUGACCAAAUGAUUUAUUAUUUCAUCACUUUGCAGUGAUUGGCUCUUUUGUUUUUGCACAGCAGUUGGGCCAACCUCUGCUGCCUGUCAGCUGUGAUUCUUAUUUGGCUAAGGCUCUGCACUGCCAUUUUGUCAAUGGCGGAAAGAUUACAGUUAUUAGUUUUUCUACUUUGAAGCUAUGGGAGCAAUGGUAAUUUCAAUAUUGAGCAGGACGUCUUUUUUGGGGGGCGGGGGGGCAGAGUUUCACUCUUGUUGCCCAAGCUGGAGUGCAAUGGCAUGAUCUUGGCUCAAUGCAACCUCUACCUCCUGGGUUCAAGCGAUCCUCCUGCCUCGCCUCCCUAGCAGCUGGGACUAGAGGCCUGCACCACCACGACUGGCUAAUUUUUGUAUUAUUUGUAGAGACGGGGUUUCACCAUGUUGGCCAGGCUGGUCUCUAACUCCUGACCUCAGAAGAUUCACCCGCCUCGGCCUCCCAAAGUGUGGGGAUUACAGGUGUGAGUCACUGUGCCUGACUUGUUUUUUAGAAAUAAAUUUAUCUUUAACAUCAAAGUUAUGCCACCUGAAUUUUAGUCGAUAUCUGUUUUGAUCUUGACCAGUAUAUCUCCCAUGAAUUCAAGGUGACUGUCAAACCCAAUGGCUUGAUGACUUCCAUAUUAAUCAAGUCAGGGUUGACAUCAUUAAGAAAGUUCUUGAAACUAUGUCUGAUGCUGGUUCACUGGACUUCUCAAACUGCUUUGUUGCUGUGUCCCUACCAGGCGCAAAGAUGAAGCUUGCCAGCUGGUUCCCCCAAGCCAACUCAUGCUGCUGACCACUGACUCAGCUCUGACCUUCACAUUUGCUCUAAAGCAAGUGCGUUCAGCUGCUGGGGCAGUGACUUCACAUAGUACAUAUAUUAUUUUCUUAGUUUAUUUCCAAACUGGUAUUUUAGACACUUUAAACUUUGCACUACUCUGUUUAAAGUUGCAGUCUUUCUGGACUGGAUAGUACUAUAUAUUCUUUUUAAAGAAUAAUAAUGUUAUCAACUGCUGAGAUUUUUAUGUAUUUUGUGACUUUGUAACAACUGCUAUUGUAAUAGGUAUCACCUUGUGGGCAUUAUCCAAAGACAUAUUAUAAAAUAAUAAUGAUAUUUUUGUAUAGAAGAUUCAGCUGUUCAGAUGUAAGAUGUUGAAAAAUGUUAAAAUCUAAAGAGUAAUUUAUCCUACUGGUAAUGGUUAUAUGUAUUUGCACAGUUUAAAUUAAUAUCUCAAAGCUGUGCAGUCUUUUGUGUUACUGGGAAACUUUCAAACUCUAUUCAGAUGUUAAAAUAAAUAUGG